UUCUACGAGGUGCAUAAAGCCUCGUAGUAGAAUCAAGAAACCCUUCUCUUUCUUUAUUUACUUAUAUAGUAUUUUUUUCUUCUUCACUUAGUUGCAAACAUAUUCAUUAUUAUUGUAAUAGUUUGAGAAAUGGAGGUACAUUCUUCUGUUGUGGCAAAGAGAUUAUGGAAUGUGAUGAGGGUAACCUUCUUCAUGAUAAGGAAGGGUCUCAUAUCAAAGAGAAAGAUGAUCAUGGACACGAACUUGAUGAUGAAGAAAGGUAACGUGAGAAAAUCUCUUAGCAAUCUCAUGUCAUCACAUCAUCACCAUCACCAUCACCACCAGCAGAAGAACCCUAAGAGUGUGACACGAGGUGGCUUAGGGGUGCAUUAUGAAUUCUCAUGUAGCAAUAGUCCAAACCCUGUUUUCUUCCACAUGCCAAAGCGCAAGCACCAUUUCAACUUUCCCUGCAUCCAUGCCCCUGAUGUUGUCGAUGAUGAACACCGUUUUUCAUUUGAGGUUGAAACUGAUGUGCCUAAGGGUGUUGUUACCCUGCCAAAAACCCCAGAUUACAUGUUCAAUAUAUUUGUCCCUGGAGAAAAAAAGAGCCCUCUUCUCUCACCAUUUUCUGUGAGGGUGUCCAAUUAUUCUGCAUUGGAUGAAAGUGAAGAAACUGGAAACGAUCAUGUUGAUGUUCAGGCUGAGGAUUUUAUCAGAAGGUUCUAUGAACAGCUUAGGUCGCAAAGUCCCGUGCAGUUCCUAGGUUACUAAGUGAUGUAAAGAGAAAACCAGCCUUGUAGUUACAGUAAUAAUGAUGCGCUGCACUUGUAGAGAGCAUUCCUUGGGAUUUUGCUGUCUCAAAUUCUGCAUUUUGUUGUCUGUGUAAAAUGCUGUUUUAUUACACAUGUUCGUUUUUGGACAUUGAA